AUGCGAACAAGGUCGCACGAUCCGGUAUCGUCCACAUCCUGUGAGCCCUUUUCCCCGCCCUCGCUCUCUCCGCUCUCCGGCCUCGGCCAUGACAACACUAGGGCAUACUGGGGUUGGAGGGAGGCUGUCCUAAAAGCCUUGACUUCAACUGUUAAGGCCAUUUCAGCGAAACUGGUUGCUAAUACGGUGGCCUGGGUCGUCGACUGUGGUUCAAAGGAACUCGGGAAAAGGGAGGGGGAGCUCCUCCAAUGGUGGCCUCCAGUCGAAGUCGGCUCAGUCACCAGGGUGUCAAGUCCCCGGGUUACUGGGCUACCGGGUUACCGGGUUACCGGGUCGUGUUCAUCUUUCACCUGCUCAGCUCCUUUUGCUCAGACAGAUAGACAGCUGCUUCGGACGAGGAUGGACAAAGUGGAGAAACCUCUUCUGGUCGCCUGUCUUCUUGUCCGCAUUUCCCAGCUCCUUCGCCUAUUCUCUCCUCCUCUUCAUGCAUGUUCUGUCACCUUUUCGCUCGUCCUUGCUUGUGCACCGACACGCACCAGGGGCCACUUGUUUACCGGUAAUUCACCAGUCCAAAUGAAGACCGACUUUGGAGCAGUUUAG